AUGCAUGAGACCGUCUCAAGGGUGACCGCGGAAGACGAUGGCUUUCAACACAGAUUCCUAAAAGCUAUUUUUCUAUAUCACACUGCAGACAACCAAGGAUAUGUCGAAAACGAACUAAACCUGUCUUCCUAUGGUAAAAUUAACAAAAUCAUCUUCGCAUCGCCAGGGUACCAUUCUCGAGGUUCAAGCUUGGUCGCUAAUGUUCCCGAAGGGCCAUACUUCCUUGCAAUAGGGACAGGGGCUCUCUACCAGGCUUUUCGGCUAUACCCUGACCACCAGCUCGCGUUUACAGAGGCCGCGUUACAGCCAACAAUCCCCGCUAAUAGACAUACAUCCCAGCUCCGCCUCGGCAUAAAAGACAUCUUCGAACUCGCUGGCCUCCGCACAAGCGGCGGAAACCGCGCAUUCUACAAUCUCUACCCACCGCGCAACAGAACAGCGCCUGCAAUCCAGCGCCUCAUCGACGCGGGUGCCAUCGUCUUUGAGAACGGCGACAAUCCGACGGCGGACUGGGUGGAUUUUCAUUGUCCAUUUAAUCCCAGGGGUGACGGAUAUCAAUCGCCCGGCGGCUCCUCAUCCGGCCCCGCGGCCGGAAUUGCGUCGUACGAGUGGCUCGAUAUAGCCGUUGGAAGAGACACAGGUGGAUCAAUGCGGAAUCCCGCUGGACUGCAGGGGAUCUGUGGGAAUCGGCCGUCGACAGGGGCUGUUACCAUGGAGGGGGUUUUGUCGCUCUGCGACGUGCUGGAUACCGGGCGGGGCACCGUGCUUCAUGCGUGGUAUCAGAAUUCGGAAAGGGCGUCUAAAGGGUGUCCGAGAACUGGGGCGCUUCUUGAGGAGGUUGUCGCAGGAAUUGAGGGGCUUUUACAGGCGAGGAGGGAAGUCGUUGAUACGCCUUCGCGGUGGGAGGAGACGUACCCGUCUGGGGCACCAAGUAAUAUCAUAGAACUAUUGAACACGACAUACGCAAUCCUCACAUCAGUGCACCAGUACAAGAACCUCGCCCUUCCCAUUUUCACCGACUACGCGGCAGAACACGACGGCCGUCAUCCCUACAUAAACCCUGGGCCGCGCGUCCGCUGGGCCUGGAGUCAAGAGAACGGCGGCGACCCAGGAUACGAGAUGGCCCUCCGAAACAAAACAAUAUUCAAAGACUGCGCCCCCACUGAGCCGCCAAUAGGCUUCAAAGACGGUCGCAUCGCGACAAUGGCUGGUGUGCCUGAUGUUGUGGUUCCCGUUGGCGAGGUGUCGUAUGCCUCUACUGUUUCGCUGCGAACCGAGUAUAUGGCCGUGACUAUGGAUCUUAUGCUUGCCAACCUGGUUAGGGAUUUAGAGAAGGCGGGAAUCUUGAAGGCUGUGGGGACGGGGUCGAGGAUGUAUGAUUGA